AUGCUGCGCUUCAAUGAGAUCGCCAAGUGCGGCAACUACCAGCUGGAGGAGAAGCACCAGUGCAUGGACGACUUCCUCAAUCAGCUGCGACUGGUGGAGAAGAGGACCGGAGAGGAGAUGGUCGAGAAGAGGAUUCACUACUUCUGCUGCUACUUCUCCGAUUUUAAAUCCUGCGUUAUGGAGACCUUUGAGAAGGGCGGCGCUUCGAUGUUGAGGAAGCGAUGUCCCAAAGAGGAGGACAAGCAGAGUGUGGUUGAUCUGAUUGGCGGCUAUGGGGAUGACGCCAUGGAAAUGGUCUGCGGGGAGUUUGGCGCCAACACUGACGGUAGCAAUAGCAGCACUUUCACACAAAUAGAGCUACAAAAGCAGAAAUCAUGUUUUGAAAACGUCUCCGGCAAACCAUUGGUAGUGUGCAUUCAAAAUGUGCAUUUUGACUACAGUAAGAAGGAGAAACUUAUUCAAAAUUUGAACAUCAAUCUUGUGGCUGGACACAUAUACGGCCUACUUGGGCCCAGUGGGUGUGGAAAAUCAACUACACUGAAAUUAAUUUUAGGCUUGUUGCGUCCUCAAAAAGGACAGGUACUGGUGUACGGAAACAAGCCAAAUACUGCAAAAUGUCCAAUUCCAGGUCCUGGAGCAGGAUACAUGCCUCAAGAGUUGGCGCUGAUGCCAACGAUGACCGUGUCCGAACAUUUUCAGUACUACGGGCAGCUGUCGGAGAUGAAUCCUCGGGAGAUAGGGAAACGGUCACUUUAUCUGGUUGAUCUGCUGCAAAUUCCCGCCACUGAUCGACCAGUGGAGAAACUGAGCGGUGGUCAGCAGCGUCGUACAUCACUGGCCCUAACACUUCUUCACUCACCACCGCUGCUCAUCUUGGACGAGCCAACUGUUGGCAUCGACCCAGUGCUGCGCAACAAAAUCUGGUCGUACCUUCAGGAGCUGACGAUGAAGGAGGGGAAAACGGUCAUCCUUACCACUCACUACAUUGAGGAGGCGAGGAAUGCAAACACUAUUGCACUGAUGCGGUACGGUUCACUGCUGGCGGAGGCGAAUCCUGAUCGCCUGCUGGCCACCUUUCGCAUGUCCACCAUUGAGGAGGUUUUUCUCAACCUCUGCGAGAAGGGAGACUCAGAAGAGAGUGAUCAGGCAGCUGCAGUGGCAGUGGCACCACCACAACCAGCGACAACAGCAGCUCAGCCGAAACAAGGCAAUCUAAAUAAGCUACCAAAAGACGGCGUGAAACCUUCCAGGAAAUGUAUAGAGGAAAAUAUCAUCUUUGCGCCGUACAACGGUCGACGUCCCACAAAUAACCUUUUCAACUGGCUGCGAGUGUGGGCCAUCAUCUGCGACACCUUCACCUUCAUCCAAGGGAAAGUGUGGACCAUUCUGGUGGCCUGUCUGCUGCCCACCUGUCAGAUAUACCUUUUCCACUACUCGAUCGGCAAGCCGAUUGCCAGUCUACCCAUUGCCGUCAGCUCACCGGAAAAUGGCCGAUCCUCACGUUUUAGUGACGUUCUCAUAAAUCGGCUCGAGGCGAGAAAUAUCACUGUGGAGCGGUUUGUCAACGGCAGCUCUGCAGUGGACGCCGUCACGAACGGGCUCGCCUUUGCCAGCUUCAAGUUUGAUUCCAACUUCACUAGAUGUCUGGUGAAUCGCAUCCGCCGCGGCUACGAGGUGUCCCCCUACGACAUCAACUGCAGUCGCGUGAAGAUGGCCCCCGACAACACGUACCAGUUCAUUAUCUUUCAGCUGGCACUUGAUCUGCGUGACUCCUUCCUCGAGGCCAUCUACCGGUACUUUCCCAAGCUGGGCUACAAUCCAGAGGCGCUCAACUCGCCCGUCGUCGUCAAGGAGUACGUCUACGGCAGCGACAAGUUCUCCUACCAAGAGUUUAUGACGCCUGGAAUG